UUCAAAACUCAAGCUUAUAUCCCUAUUACUGUUUCUAACCUAGCAAUCAUGUCCAGUGCACACCAAAGCUUCGAUGCUGGCCUCUCCCAUGGUCAAUCUCAGAAGAAGGCAGACCAAAGUGCAGAAUCAGCGAGGCAGUCAGGAAAUGCUGCACAGAACUCAGCAACUGCAGCCAUGGACAAGGCUUCUGAAGCUGUAGACUCAUCUGGAGGGCAAGCUCAGCAACACAGGGAGGAAGCUGGUGGCUUGCUCAAACAGGCUACACAACAAGUGAAGAACAUGGCUCACGAUGCUGUGGACAGUGUGAAGCACACACUUGGAAUGGACAAGAAAAAUUGAAAAGGAAAAAAACACAUAAAAAAGAAAAAAUGGAGCCUCUCUUGUUUCUUUUAUGGAACAAUGUUGAAUAAGUGACGAAGUUUGGUUAAUUUGGAUUCUUUGACAACUGUCUUAUUAUUUGUAAAAUUGGAUCCCACUUUUUUUCCUAUUUUUUCUGCACUUUAUUAAUUUUGUCAAGACGAUGUAUUUCAAGGGAUUCAGAUUCAGAAUUUGAUGCUUUCGUUUUUUUUACUUAAAUUAUGUUUGGGGUAGCUAUCAUGGACUUUUUCUGGUCCACGAUAACAUCAAAUACGUAGAAAAUAAUGUAGGGAAAAGGUACACAAUGAUGUAAGCAACAUCAAUUAUUAUUCUAAAUAAAAGGUUCCUCAUGGUUUAA